AUGAAGAAGUUCGAAGAAGUUUUGGGCAUUAUUGGAGAAUUCGGACUUUAUCAGAAACGAAUAUUUUUCCUCAUAUGUAUUCCCUUCAUAUUUUCUGCAUUCCAUAUGGUAAUCAGUGUAUUCCUGCUUGGAAUUCCAAAACACAGAUGUGCCAUACCAGGGUACCCUAACGAUACAUUUGCCAUCCAAAAUCCAUCUCAUGAAGCUUUGGUCAAUCGACUCGUGCCGCCGUCUACGGACGAAACCCUCGAUUACGCCAAGUGUGACCUGUAUGAUCGGUCGUACGACGGUGAUGAUAACUCUACCGACCAAAAGGCCUGUUCGAGUUGGGUUUACGACAAGAGCAUCUUCAUCAACACCUUCACGUCAGAUCAAGACAUUGUGUGUGAAGACAAACUUGGGACUUCCCAUGCUCAGAUGAUUUUUUUCGCUGGUGUGUUUGUAGGUGCCCUCGUCCUGGGAUCAGUAUCGGACAUAAUUGGACGAAAGAAGACUUUGUGCCUGUCAUUUUUGCUACUUUUUGGAACAACACUUGGUGUGACAUGGGCUCCAGAUUUCAUCACCUUCUGUGUUCUUCGGUUCUUUGUUGGAGCCUCAUGCGCAGGGAUGUUCAUGACUGCCUUUCGUGUGUGGACCGGUAUAAUCGUUGAUUUCUUCUUUGCCAUUGGAAUGGUCAUCCUUGGAUUGGUGGGAUACGCCUUCAAGGAGUGGAAGUCCAUUGAGAUCGCCUGUUCUGCACCAAUCGUCCUCUUUCUGCUAUACUGGUGGCUUGUUCCCGAGUCACCGAGAUGGCUGAUCAGUCAGGGUAAAAUCGAGGAGGCCAACAAGAUCAUACAGAAGGCGGCCAAGGUAAACAAGGUGACGAUUCCAGAGAAAAUCCUCACUGCUGACUCCAUAGAUGAACCGGAGGCUGGUCGUAUAUGGCACCUGUUUACGUCACGUGUUCUCCUUAUAAGGACACUCAUCAUCUUCUUUAAUUGGCUGGUGGUUGUCAUGGGAUAUUAUGGACUUUCACUAAACACUGGAAACCUCGGAGGCGAUUUCUACGUGAACUUCAUAGUGUCUGGCCUGGUCGAGUUUCCCGCCUACACGUUAUGUAUCGUGCUGCUUGACAGAGUGGGCAGGCGACUUCUCCAUGCCACAUGCAUGAUAAGCGGUGGUAUAGCAUGCAUCAUUACUAUCUUCCCGAUGUUGUACGCAGAUGAAAAACCAAUCACCAUUACUUUGGCUAUGCUGGGAAAGCUUGGGAUAUCCGCCGCCUUCGCAAUUAUCUACGUGUGGUCAGCGGAGUUGUUCCCGACUGUUGUCAGGAACGCCGGAAUGGGCGCGAGCUCCUCGUGCGCUCGUAUAGGGGGAAUGAUCGCACCAUACAUUGCCGACCUGAGUAAGGUGAUCGACGGUAAUCUAGGACGAGCUGUACCCUUGGUAAUUUUUGGUGGAGCGUCAGUUAUUGCUGGAGUAAUGUCCCUUUGGCUUCCGGAAACUAAAAGCAGAGAACUUCCUGAAACACUUGAAGAUGCUAGAAAAUUCGGUAGAAAGAAACCGUCAGAAAAAUACGAAUCGAAGCUCGACUUUGACAACAAGGGAUUUGAUCACGAGUCAAAUAUCGCUUACGGCACCAAUGGAGUGUACACGGUCAAGUUAUAAAAAAUGCCAGAAAGUCGAUCGACCCAGAGGGUGAGGUCGAUUGCUUCACGUGUUUAUAAACUUUUAUUAAACAUAU